AUGGAAAAUCUGAAAGAUUUCAUUACAAAAAUCUUAAAAAACGACACUUCAAUCGAUUACUCGUCUGUUAAGCUGAAUCUUGAUACUUUGGAUGGGUUUGAUGAUUUUCUUACCUCUUGCUUUGUUGUCAAGAAUGAAAUACACAUUAAUUUACCGAAUAUAGUAACCUCACCUUCGAGUAGACUGUCCUCCCCUAAAAAACUAGAUAAACCACAAGAUACCGAAGAUGGGAUAAAUUACGGCCUAGAACAUAGCGCAAUUAUAGACCACUGUAUAUUGUAUCUCUUAGAAGCAAAACUCUUCAAUAAUAUCAUAACUCUGGGUUAUUCAAUUGCAAGAAAUGAUCAAGUGAAUUCCAUACUGCAUUGUAACUCAAUUAACACAAAUGUAAACAAUAUUAAAAGAAACCCAAAUUGGAAACGACUACACCAUUUAAUAGACACAACAAAUUUUCUAAACCUUUUAUUAAAUUAUUCUAUUUUUCAAUGGACGACCGACGACCAACCACUCACUCAGAUUGUCGGAAAUAGAUUGAAUUUACCCCACAAACCUCCAAUGUGGUAUCAGAAACAAGUCGAUUCUCUAAGAAGUGACAAGAACCCCAUGAUUGGAAAUUCCUCCUUCCUGCACAAAUCUGCAACUAAUUAUAAACCAAUGCAUAUCUUGCCUAAAGAUCCACCCAAUCGAAUAUAUUCAGUAAUCUUUGAGGCACCCUCUUUAGCAUCUACAAAUAAUAAAAUUUCCAAAAAGCUUCGGCACAUCCUUUGCCAUCAUAUUGCAAAAAUGUUAUCUAAUCAUCAACAGAAAAUAAAGUACAUGAGAAUAUAUAACAAAAUUUGUCCUAAAACAAAUACUCGUAAUUCAAAAUCGCAUUUAGAUUCACAGAUAAAAAUAUCCGAAAUCACAAGGUUUUUAAUUAUAAUAUUGGAGAAACUGAUACCGUCCGAAUUAUUAGGUUCCAAAAGAAAUAAAUCUAAGCUUUUUAAAAUGGUUCCAAUGAUUUUGAGCUUCCCAGGAAAUACUACAAUCGAAUUUGGUAGAUAUGCUUUAAAGAAUUUCAAAGUGAAAGAUUUAGCAAUCUCUCUUCUGAAACGCUCUACGAUAACUAGAGAUUAUUUCGAGGUCUUAACUCAAGUACAGCAUUGUUUUGUCCUUUGGACGCUCACCAACCUUAUUCCCAAAAUCUUAUCUACAUUCUUCUACUGUACAGAAAUCUCAUCUACAACUAAUGUAAUCUAUUUUAGGCAUGAUGUAUGGAAUGAAUUAACAGCCCCAUUUAUGUCAACUUACUUUGAAAAAUAUUUGGUAGAAAAUAUUUCGUGCAGGAAUCAUAAUAGUUAUACGCUAUCUGAGUUCAACCAUAGUAAACUUCGAUUAAUACCGAAAAAAGCAUCACAUGAAUAUAGAGUCAUAGCCGUUCCAUGUAAAGGAGCUGACCAUGAAGAAAAUAUUAUUUAUAAGGAUAACAUGAGAUCAGUUAUCGCCCCAGUCAAAUCAAUACUUGAAUAUAUUCGAAACAAAAUUGAACAUAAAAAUUUUAAAAAAUUAUAUUGCAUUCAACAUAUAGCCAAGUUUGUCAAAAAUUUUAAAUUUUCAUUAUUAAUGAAAUAUGGCACUCUCCCUGAAUUAUUUUUAUUGAAGUUUGAUAUGGCUUCAUGUUAUGAUUCAAUACCAAGGAAUACAGCAAUGGAUUUGAUCAAAAAACGUAUGGAGGAAGAGAAUGGAUUUUUCGUAAGAUCUCAAUCGUUUUUCAAUUUAAAGACACAGGAUUUACAAGUAAGAAAUGUAGUAAACGGUUCAUCACCUUUCCUCAAUGGUACUCACAGCUCUUCUGACUUGGUAUUCAUUGAUAAUGUUAAGACAAUGCAUUUCUCAAUUGAUGAUGUCCUGAAAGUUUUAGAGAUGGAAUUAUUCAAAACGUGCUUAUGGAUAGGUUCAAAAUGUUAUCUUAGAAAAGAUGGUCUAUUUCAGGGAUCAAGUCUUUCCGGGUUGGUUGUUGAUAUUAUGUAUGAUGACCUCCUGGAGAAUUAUGAUGAAUUCAAAAAAAGACCAGGUCAUGAUAACUUAAUUUUACGAUUGGCCGAUGAUUUUUUAAUUAUAUCAACAGACAAAUCACAGAUUAUUGACAUAAAAGAUCUGGCCAUGACAGGAUUCAACAAAUAUAAUGCAAAUGUAAAAGCUGAAAAAAUCGUCACAGUUAGCUCACAAUCUAAUCAUACUGAUAUUAUUCAAUUUUGCGCAUUGAAUAUCCACGUUGAAAAAUUAGAGAUUUGGAAAGAUUAUACCACCUUCAAUGUUCCUUUAAUUAGGAGCCGUUCACAAGCAAAUAUGUUCUAUAGACUGCAGUCAUUAUUCGAAUUGAGGUUAUCAUACCGAACUACAGAUCUUUACUUAAACUCUUUAAAGACAGUGCUUAAACAAGUCGACUAUAUAUCUAGAAAUAUGGCAGAUGUUUUCCUUGAGGCAAUGAAAUAUGAACUGAAUGUAGAAACUAAACUGUUUGCCGACUUUACUACUUACCUAAGUAAGGCCAUUAUUCAUAAAGCAUGUUUUGGCUUACGGAAAAAGGCUACCAACAAACUUGAAGCCAAAAUCCGUUCAAAAAUCUUGAAGGCAUUUUUUGUCACGAUAUCGAAGAGACAGACUAAAUUUCAGAAUAUUAUUAAAUAUUUGAAGAGUGAAUUGAAGCCAUUUUUAUCGGGUGAUGAAAUUUAUCACAGGCAAUGA